UUGUCACCUUCGACUGUUGAACUCCUCAAUGAAGCGGCCGUGUUACCUGCAGUAAUAGAUGAUGCGGUAGGCAUCAUUUCUUCGUCGGGGCUACAAAUCGAUCCUUCCUCGCAACCACUGGGUUCUGGAACUUUUGGCACCUGCUUCCCGGCUCUCAAGAGGGCCACGCUCAAGUGCGCAGUCAAGGUCUACAGGUAUAUGGAUUACGACCAAUUCUACAGGGAGUUAGUAGCCAUGUUGAGAUGUAAUCGUCAUAAGAACGCCGGUGUCGUGGAACUUUGGUGGAUUUGCAUCCCACCAUCAGGGACGACGGGUUUGCCUAGACUCGUGAUGCCUUUGGUCAAAGGAGUCACUUUGGACGAAUGGGUGUCCCGUUACAGCAGGCGUUCAAAGCCAACCACCCUCAGGGUUGUUCUGCAAUUGGUAGAGGCCGUUCAACAUCUUCACGAUACCGUGAAUAUCGUGCAUGGUGACUUGGGAUGGAAGAACGUCGUGAUUAAUGUUGCACGCAACUAUCAUCUGACUUUGAUCGACUUUGGAAACGUCAGAGACUCGGACAAGGGAAAACGACGACUGUGGGAACACGGAAGUUACUUUUUUUCUCCCCCGGAGGCUUUAUGCAGACGCCCGUGCCAUCAAACCACAGCCGAAUUGCACGUUCUCGGCGUCCUCUUGAUAUGCAUCGCUCGCGGCAGUACUCAAGGAUUGUGCGAGGCACCUCUAACGUUCGAAGACGGAAGAAACCGAGGUGAGGCUGCAUCCGUACUGGAACGAUUUUCUUGGGAUAACUGGCGAUGUGUUAGAGAAGAUCUCAGGAAUGGCAGGCGCGACUUUAUCCGACGAUAUCGGUGUGAUAGGAUCACAUUUGGCUCAUCCAAUCCCUGACUCUCUCCAGUCUCUCACAGAUGCAUUACGUAAUUUAACAAACUUGAAUACGAUUGGUCAAUAAAGAAUUUAUAAGCGAUUGAAUCUGUAUUCUUUUUUUUCAUUUUUGCUUUGAACGGCAAUAAAGAGGAGCAAGCAUAAAAACCGAGAUGAAAGUUGUCCGUGGAGCACCUCCAUGUUAUCGGGACGAGAUGGACAAAUUGAAUGUUCGCAAGAGUGUUCGACGAGAUUUAGACAGGGGUUUCUCCGUGGCCAUAGAUUCUCGUUGGGACGAUUCUCUGAACGCGGUCGUCUUUACCGUAGUAACACCUUACGGCGAGAAAUCGCAAAUUAUCUUGACAAAUACAGAUGUGCCUCGCCGUAUCUCCAACAUGUGCCCGGUGGUUCAAGACCCGACCCUGAUAACUCGCGACCCGUCUACGCCAAGUGAGCUACUGGGGCAGUUUUUUCUCGACCCGACCCAAGUUUCGGAACACGUCAGAAAGAGAGGCAUCAAGCCUUACGAUUAUGUCAACAAAGCCAUCCAUGAUAUUGAGUCGUUACCCGGAGGUUACGCCGGUGCUCAAUCGAGCGCAGAAUGCUUGUCCAAGUUCGACUGCAUGCAAAGGACGGCCACUGCCGUCUUCAGUUACGACAUCGCCACGCCCAAGUUUGGAACCGACGGUGCCAGCGCGGCCAUCAUCACUGGAGAUGCGGCAGAGGUGUGGAACUUUUUUGGACUGGCCAAGAUGCCUUUGCAGGACAGUGUACUAGAGGUAUUUUGCAGCGCGAUUGGCGUCAAGCCGGAUGACUCGUUGGAGAAGCGGAUCAACAGCCCCAUGAAGCGUACCAGAGAAGUCCCCCUAUUUCAAGUGACCGAUACGAAAAAGCAAGGAUUGGAUUUCACCAGCAUUACAAGUUUGGCGGUGCUGACGAUGAACAGUAUACCA